AGUAGCGUCCCUUUCCUAACUCAUAACAGUAGCAGGCUGCACCGGCACAUUGCUUUAAAAACAAGAUUCUUAUAUUUCAUAGCUAUCUAAAUCUCUAGAUGUAGUUCUCCUUUUUUCGGACUAUGCGUACCGUGUUAAAUCAUUUAGCAUCUCAUUUUCGUAGAUCAAACGUUAAUAGGUUAAUAAAAGGUGUUUAAAUUAACAUCCGUUUCGUUUGACAGGAGUCAGUUGAAAAACUGAUUGACCACACUUUAGAACAGCAGUGGCACAAUGUCUUCUAAAGAUCAUCGAGAGGCCUUGCAGUACAUGCUCCACACAGUUGUGUACGACACCUCUUUUUCACCUUGUGGUCGGUACCUUGCAGCUGGAAACAAGUUUGGGGAUGUUGCUUUAUUCAGUUUGCAGUCAGCUCUGUCACCAGAUAUCCGCAGUGAGGCAAAGUGUCCAGUCUUCACAUUUUCAGUGUUCAAGUCCGGAAGCAUAUACAGCCUCACUUCGACAGACACUCUUUUGAUCUGUGCAGGAGAGGGGAACAUCCAAGCUUACAAAUGGUCUGAUAUCAUUGGAAAAAAUCCAAAGUUAAUGUGGUCGCUUGCCAUACCAAAAAAGGGUGUGUUUUCUAAUCCCGAGGUGAACUCUUGCAUAAUCACAGAGCAAAAUGGCUGUCUCAGUGGUCACUCAGAUUAUGUCCACUCCAUUGUUGCCAAGGACAAGGGGCAGGGCCUGGUCUCAGCCUCAGAGGAUGGCACAGCCCGCAUCUGGGAUCUGAGAUCAAAAGAAGCUGUUCACAUAGUGAAACCCUUUGAAGAUGAGAUGUGUUCCCGUCCGGACAUGGGCAAGUGGCUGCAGUGUCUUGCCAUCAACAAUGAGGACUACUGGCUGUUGCUGGGGGGUGGCCCGACCAUGGCAGCGUGGCAUCUCAAGACCUUGACCCCGGCAGUGACCUUUGACACUCCAGGGGUGGCCCAGAAUGUGGCCAUGUUCCAUGAGGAUAAGAUCUUCUCGGCUGGUACCAGCAAUGUGUUCAACCACUGGACCAUCACAGGCGACCACCCAAUGGCUGUGCCCGUCAGCCCCAGCUCCGUAUACAGCCUUGACAUCAACACAGCAUCUACGGCCAACCAGGUGAUGGUGGUGGCGGGCAGCAGCAGUCAGAUGGACGUGUGCACAAACUUUGGCUACACCGCAUUCUCUCUGUCGUUUGUGCCAGCCUUUAGCUGAGUCCACACACAUAGUUGAUUGUUGUUUAUCAUUGUCACUUUCUGCAAAAUGCCACAUGUUAUUAUACCAUUGUAUUGUUCAUUUCUUUUGUACUGAGCAUUGAUUCUAAUGGAAAUACAUGUCAUGUAUACGUUUU